AUGCAAUUCACAUGGAUUUUAUGCUUUUUAGGAACAGCAUUUUGUUAUAAUGAAAUUUAUUCAUUUGUUUCACCAUUUGGAAAGUCUUUGCUUGAAAAUUGGGACUUUUAUGGCUCAGUAGAAAUUCAACAAAACAAAAUCAUUCUUAUUCCGUCAGCAUUUCAAUCUAAAAUUGCAUCUAUUUGGUCAAAGAAUAAAAAUAUAUAUGAAGAAUGGUCUGUUGAAAUUUCUCUCCGAUUGACUAAUUUGGAGCAUGAAAAUUCAGGACUUGCUCUAUGGUACACUUCUGAAAAAGGAAAAGGAGGCAUUGUUUUUGGGUCAAAAGAUAGAUGGGAUGGUCUUGGAAUUUUUUUAUAUGUUGGGCAAAACAAAAGACCUUCAUUAAGAGGACACUUAAAUGACGGGUCCAUGGAAUAUUCAAGAUUUAAAAACCCAUCACUUCAAGCAUUUGGUGCAUGUUCUAUUAUUCAUCAAAAUACUAGUGAAAUACUCACUUUUAAACUUUUAUAUUCUAAAGGAGCAAUACAAGUUGAACAAAAAGACUCCAUUUGUUUCAAAACAACGCAAAUAAAUCUUCCCCCUGACUAUUAUUUCGGAAUUUCAACACAAUCAAUGAAUGAUUUUGAAUCUUUUGAAAUAUACAACUUUCAAGUAAACGAAAUAAAAAAUAAAUAUUCAAAUUCUGAAGAAAAAACAUAUACACAUAUUGAAAAGGAAACUGCAAAUAUUGACUAUAAUUUUAAUUUAAACAUAACUAAAAUACUAAACGAUUUACCUACAUUUUCACAUCAAUUAUUAAAUAUAACUAAUGAACAAUUAAUAAUCAAAACGCUUUUAGAAGACAUAAACCAAUCAUUAUAUUCUUUAUCUGAGACAAUAUUUAAUUUAAAUUCUAAAUCCCAUAAUAAUAAAAAAGAAGCCAUUGAUACCCUUUCUGAUGAAAUAUUAAAGUUAAUUCCACAACUAAGCUCACUUAAAUAUCAGCAUAGAAACGAAACUCUUUUAAUGAUUGACUCUUUAUCAGAGACUGUCUCUAAAAGAAUUUUAUCGAUUAACUCUGGUAUUAAAUUUUUUAUAAUUAUAAACAUAAUUAUGCAAAUCUUAAUAUUUCUUACAUAUAUUGUAUAUAAACGAAGAACAGAUGAUUAUCCAAGAAAAAUCCUUUAA